AUGGACCCAAACGACGACGUUUUCUUCUCCAUCCACUAUCGAUCUCCCCGAGCAAACAACGAUGAUUCUUCUUCGUCUUCACCUCCGGUCCGAACACCGAAGAUCUUCGACCGUUACUUUUCCUCCUCAUCACCAUCAUCCUCCGACGACGAUUUACAGCCCUCCAAUUCCAAUCCCUCCUUGGAAGCUUCCACUAAACGUCUCGAGUACAUGAUACAGUUCCUCGACCGCAAACUCUCCAACAACAACGACAGUAAUCCCAUAAACAACAACGACAAUGUUUCCCACAGGCACAAAACCUCCGGCUUACCAGAAUUUAUUAGCGAAGGAGGAGGAACCGGAAUUUUCCGUGUCCCAGUUCGAGCUGCGGUUCACCCAGACCGUCCACCGAGUCUCGAAAUUCGGCCACAUCCGUUGAGAGAAUCUCAAAUUGGUCGGUUUUUGAGAACGAUUGUAACUACCGAGAAUCAACUAUGGGGUGGGAGAGAAAACGGUGCCGUUCAGGUCUGUGAAUUGAAGGAAAUCUACGGUGGAAGUGAUGGAACGGCCCCGUUUAAGGAGUCUGUGGCGUUGAAUUCGGGUUCUGGUGUUACAUGUUUGGUUGGUGAUGACGGGGGUCGAGUUGUUUGGAGUGGACAUAGAGAUGGCAGAAUUCGGUGUUGGAAAAUGGAUCCAGGUCCGGGUUCGGAUCCAUGUCGGGUCAAGGAGGUUUUGUCUUGGGUGGCACAUCGCGGGACGGUCAUGUCCAUGAUCAUGACUUCUUAUGGUCAGGGAUUUGUGGUCGGGAUCGGAGGGGGAGUUAUUAAGAUAUGGCCAUGGGAAGCGCUGGAAAAGGCCUUUUCCUUUACGGCGGAAGAGAGGCACAUGGCUGCAUUGUUUGUAGAGAGGUCAUAUAUUGAUCUAAGGAACCAAGUGGCUGUGAAUGGAUUCAGCAAUGUGUUGAAUUCCGAUGUUAAAUACUUGCUUUCGGAUAAUUCUAGGGCUAAAGUCUGGAGUGCUGGGUUCUUGUCGUUCGCAUUGUGGGAUGCUCGCACGAGGGAGUUGCUGAAAAUGUUCAAUAUAGAUGGUCAGAUUGAAAGACUGGACAUGUCAUCAGGACAGGACCUUACCUUUGAAGAUGAGAUCAAGAUGAAAACUGUUGCUGGGUCAAAGAAAGAGAAAAUGCAAACUUCAUUUGGUUUCUUUCAGCGUUCACGUAAUGUUAUAAUGGGAGCAGCUGAUGCUGUCCGCCGAGUUGCUGCAAAGGGUGGCUUUGGAGAUGAUAAUAGGAGAACUGAAGCGCUAAUUAUAACGACAGAUGGAAUGAUUUGGACUGGGUGUGCAAAUGGCUCACUUGUGCAGUGGGAUGGCUACGGGAAUCGUUUGCAAGAUUUCCAGCAUCAUUCUGUUGCUGUUCAGUGCUUGUGUACAUUUGGUUUGCGAAUAUGGGUCGGUUAUGCAAGUGGUGUUGUUCAGGUAUUAGACCUUGAGGGUAAUCUGCUUGGAGGAUGGGUGGCUCACAGCAGUCCAGUAAUAAAAUUGGCUGUUGGGGCCGGCUAUGUUUUCACCCUGGCUAAUCACGGUGGUAUACGUGGAUGGAAUGCCAUGUCUCCAGGACCCCUUGAUGGCAUAUUGCGUUUGGAGUUAGCUGGAAAAGAAUUUUUGUAUACAAAAAUAGAGAAUUUAAAAAUAUUGACUGGUACAUGGAAUGUAGCGCAAGGAAGAGCUUCACGGGACUCACUUGUGUCCUGGUUAGGCUCCACUGCCGGGGACAUUGGCAUUGUUGUUGUUGGGUUGCAAGAAGUUGAAAUGGGUGCUGGUGUGCUUGCAAUGUCUGCAGCAAAAGAAACUGUUGGACUGGAGGGCAGUUCGGUUGGGCAGUGGUGGCUGGAUAUGAUUGGCAAAACAUUGGAUGAAGGGUCGACAUUUGAACGUGUUGGUUCUAGGCAGCUAGCAGGCUUGCUGAUUGCCAUGUGGGUUCGAAAUAAUCUUAAAGCUCAUGUUGGGGAUGUUGAUGCUGCUGCAGUUCCGUGUGGCUUUGGGCGUGCAAUUGGUAAUAAGGGUGCUGUUGCUUUGAGGGUUAGGGUAUAUGAUCGGGUAAUGUGCUUUGUUAAUUGCCACUUUGCAGCACAUUUAGAAGCAGUUAAUCGUCGCAAUGCUGAUUUUGACCAUGUAUAUCGGACAAUGACUUUUGGCCGACCAUCUAACUUCUUCAAUGCUGCAAACGCUGGCACUUCAUCUGCAGUCCAAAUGCUUCGUGGUGCAAAUGUAAUGGGUGCUAACUCUCCAGAAGGAAUACCCGAGUUAUCAGAGGCAGACAUGGUCAUAUUUCUCGGCGAUUUUAAUUAUCGGCUUGAUGGUAUAUCUUAUGAUGAAGCAAGGGAUUUUGUAUCUCAGAGAAGCUUUGAUUGGCUUAGAGAAAAGGACCAACUCCGAGCAGAAAUGGGAGCUGGAAAUGCCUUCCAAGGAAUGCGUGAAGCAGUUAUUAGAUUUCCUCCCACAUACAAGUUUGAAAAGCACCAACCUGGUUUAGCAGGGUAUGAUUCAGGUGAAAAGAAGCGCAUCCCUGCCUGGUGUGACAGGGUACUAUAUCGUGAUAGCCGGUCGGCUCAUUCAGCUCAUGUAUCUGAAUGCAGCUUAGACUGUCCUGUUGUUUCUUUGAUAUCACAGUAUGAUGCCUGCAUGGAUGUCACCGACAGUGAUCACAAGCCUGUUCGCUGCAUAUUCAGUGUUGAUAUUGCACGAGUUGAUGAGUCAGUGAGGAGACAAGAGUUUGGAGACAUUAUGAAAUCAAAUGAGGAAAUUAGAUUCAUAAUUGAUGAACUAUGCAAGAUUCCAGAAACUAUUGUCAGUACGAACAACAUAAUCCUUCAAAAUCAGGAUACAACCAUUUUGCGUAUCACAAAUAAAUGUGGGGAAAAUGAUGCUUUGUUCGAAGUUAUUUGUGAAGGCCAGUCAAUAAUUGAUGAGGAUGGACAAGCAUCAGAUCAUCAUCCAAGAGGUUCCUAUGGCUUUCCCCAAUGGCUUGAAGUCACUCCAGCAGCUGGCAUAAUUAAACCAGACCAUAUUGCUGAAGUGUCAAUUCAUCUUGAAGAUUUCCCCACCGUGGAAGUUUUUGUUGAUGGCGCCCCUCGAAAUUCAUGGUGUGAAGACACCAGGGACAAGGAAGCUAUAUUGGUGGUGAAAGUCCGUGGUGCUUACAACACAAAUGAGACCAGAAAUCAUCGGAUUCGUGUGCGCCACUGCUGUUCAUCGCAAACAGCACAACUUGAUCCCAAACUGAAUGGCCCGGGGCAAAUCAAAGGAAAUCUUCUCCACCGAGCUGAUUACCAACAUCUUAGCAGUUCAUAUGAUGUGGUCAACCACCUGCGCAAUUUGCAUAGUCCAUAA